GGCUGCCUCCCACCCCUUGAGAAAGUCAGCCGUGGGACAGCUUUGGGGUGUAAGCGGGCUGUGCAAUGCGACAACUCUGGCCGGCUGUCUGGUGCGCACGCAGGCGGAGGGAGAGGAGGAAAGGACCGACUGACUGGCAAGGCGAGGACCGGCUGAAGGAGCGGGGGCGAGUGGCCGGAGGGGCGGGCGCCUCGUCCUGCGGGGACGGCCGUUCGAGUGCGUGAAAGCGCGCGGGGGAACCUGCGAGAAAGCCGGAGGGGAAAGAAAGCCGGGCUGGGGCCCGGGGCUGCGCUCUGCACUUGCCUCCGGCGACGUUUGCCUUGCAGGGAAAAGUCACAGUGUGACCUCCCAUAUGACGCAGAUGCUGCCUGUUUGAUGGGAGGGGUCUGAGGAGAGGCGCCCGGAGCAACCCAGCGGAGGGUGCGCGCUGGAGAGAGGCAGACAGAGGGUCUCGCUUGUCCAAAGAGUAAGCGGGGUAGCCGCGGGGAGGGAGGACGGCGAGACCGGGAGGAGGAGGGAAGGUAGGACGUGGCAGGCGAAGAGGAGACGCGGUUGCCGGAGCCCGAGUCGCGCUUUGGGAGAGCUGCCUGCCCGAGGCAUAAAAUGUGGGAAAGAAAAGAGGGAGGAAAAGCAUUCUGUCGGGCUCUAGCCUGCCUACACGUUGCCACUCCACCUCCAAGAGAGAGCUUGCUCCCCGGCCUGUUGGGCUCGCUCCAUCCUGCUCUCUGUGCAUGCAUCUCCCCGUCUCUGAUGACAUAAAAGGGAAUUAAAAAUAAUGAAGAGUCACUUCCACCGAAGUUUCUAAGAGUGUGUCUCAGUCUUCAGUGGUAUAGCUGCAGUGCUGGCUUUCCAGUGACUUGGAAAUGAGAUCGCACCGUUCCUCUUUUCUACUGGCUGAGCAGCAUUAGUGUUGGAAUAUAUUUGCUUUGAGCCAACAGGUGAAACUUGAAUCCCAAUAACUGGCCAGACACAAACCAGUGUGAUGUUGAAAUGAGAUGAGGCUCCGAAAUGGAACUGUGGCCACCGCUUUAAUUUUCAUCACCUCUUUCCUCAGUUUAUCUUGGUACACGGCAUGGCAGAAUGGGAAAGAAAAGCUAAUUGCUUAUCAAAGGGAAUUUCACGCUUUAAAGCAACGUCUUCGCAUAGCUGAGCACCGAACCCUCCAGCGCUCCUCUGAAUUAAAUACCAUCUUGGAACAGUUCAGACGUGCGGUAGCGGAAACAAAUGGAAGCAAGGAUGCUUUGAGCAGCGUUUCAGAUGAAACAUUAAAAUUGUUGAAGGAGCUAACAAGCAGAAAAUCUCUUCAAGUGCCAAAUAUAUAUUACCACUUGCCUCAUUUGCUGAAAAAUGAAGGAAGCCUUCGGCCUUCUGUGCAGAUUGGCCUUGGACGAACAGGAGUUUCUAUAGUAAUGGGAAUUCCAACCGUAAAGAGAAAAGUAAGAUCUUACCUUACUGAAACUCUUCACUCGCUGAUUGACAAAUUGUCACCGGAAGAGAAACUAGACUGUGUUAUGGUCGUCUUCAUAGGAGAGACGGAUCUUGAUUAUGUAAAUGGCGUUGUUGCAAGCCUAGAAAAGGAGUUUUCUGCUGAAAUAAGUUCAGGCUUAGUGGAAGUAAUAGCCCCACCUGCAUCAUAUUAUCCUGACCUGACAAACUUAAAAGAGACAUUUGGAGACUCAAAAGAAAGAGUCAGAUGGAGGACAAAGCAAAAUUUGGAUUAUUGUUUUCUUAUGAUGUAUGCACAGAAAAAAGGUGGUUACUACAUUCAGCUUGAGGAUGACAUCGUUGUUAAGCAGAAUUACUUCAGCACGAUAAAAAAUUUUGCGCUUCAGUUGUCUUCUGAAGACUGGAUGAUUCUCGAAUUUUCUCAACUGGGAUUCAUUGGUAAAAUGUUCCAGUCUCCAGAUAUUACUCUCAUUGUGGAGUUCAUAUUUAUGUUUUAUAAGGAAAAACCUAUUGACUGGCUCUUGGAUCAUAUUCUUUGGGUGAAAGUUUGCAACCCUGAAAAAGAUGCAAAACAUUGUGAUCGGCAGAAAUCAAACUUAAGAAUACGCUUCAGGCCUUCUCUUUUCCAGCAUGUUGGCCUGCAUUCCUCUCUCGCAGGGAAGAUUCAGAAGCUCACAGAUAAAGAUUUCUUGAAACCAUUACUGCAUAAAAUUCAUGUGAAUCCACCUGCAGAGGUUUCAACAACUUUAAAGGUCUAUCAAGGGCAUGCGCUUGAAAAGGCCUACAUGGGUGAAGACUUCUUCUGGGCUGUUACACCAGUUGCUGGGGACUACAUCUUGUUGAAAUUUGACAAGCCUGUCAAUAUAGAAAGAUACCUGUUCCACAGUGGUAACCCAGAACAUCCAGGGGACAUAUUAGUUAAUACAACAAUAGAAGUUUUGCCUUUCAAGAGUGAAGACUUGGUAUUAAGCAAAGAAACCAAAGAGAAACGAUUAGAAGAUGGGUAUUUCAGAAUAGGCAAAUUUGAAAAUGGUAUUGCUGAAGGAACAGUUGAUCCCAGUCUAAAUCCUAUUGCAGCUGUCCGACUUCUGGUGAUACAGAAUUCUUCUGUCUGGGCAAUUCUAAAUGAGGUUCAUAUUAAAAAGAUCCCCAAUUGAUCAGUCAAGAGGAAAGAAAAAGAAGAAACAAAGAUUGAUCUUUUUGGACACUUUUCUGUGAAAUAUUCAAAUCACAGAGGGAAGACACUGAUCAUGCACCUUAUUUCCAACUCUUCUGUCUCACUGAAACACUACCUCCUGUGAAGUCUACUGUAGAUGGAAAGACUAACCCAGUAAGGGUUAAUCACAGUCUUAAAACUGAUACUCUUCUGGCGGUGUUUAUCUGGAUUCACAAUUUCUUCCAUCUGAACAUGACUCUGCUGCAAAAGGAUCAUAGUAAUCUCUUGAACCUAUCAAUGGUGAUAGAAUAUGCUACAUAAAAGUUGUACAUAUUGUUACAUUCCUUGAAGAUGAAGAACUAUAGUUGUUAAAAUACAUUUUGUGAAGAGGGUACUUUUUGGAGGUUCAUUUAUUUUGCUAAUGCAAACCCUCUUUUAUAGAUUAUCAGGGAUAUAUAUUCAAAAGCAUUAGGGAUAUUUAAUUUAUUAAAAUGAUUUGAAAAGUACAUAUUUUUAUGCAGGAAAUAACUUGAUGCAGUUUUUUUUUUAAAUGGGUCACCUUCUUUGAGUUAACUCUACAUUUUGCAUUGUUAACUAAAGCAACCAUAUUUUGUAAUGUAUUGCCAUGAUUAGGAAAGCUAAACUGAGUUUGCAAAGGAAGCACUUUUUGUACAAUUCCAUAGGGCAAAUCUACUGGGAAACUUCUCUUGCAUGAGCCCUGUUGAAAUUAUAGGGUCUUGUAUAGGAGUUCUUCCCCAAGGGUUAUGUCCUGUGUCUUAGCAAUGUUGUUCAAAAGCAAAACCAUGACAUUCUAUGAUUUUGAAUAACAGUCCACAACAUGUAAUCCUAAAAAGCAUGUUGAGGAAAUUUUGUAUUUAGUAGGGAGUGUUACAUCUGCAGUGAAUUGGGGUGUGGUUCAUCUCCUCUUAAAGGGAAAUUUUGAUAAUAGGCUGUUCCUUUUUAACCUUUGUAGAGUCUUCAGAACAUGCCCUAGUUAUUCCUCAAGAUAGAAGAACAUUCUGACGUGUGUGCAUUUUUUAAAAAACUCGUUUUUGCAUCUCCUUUUAUAUGAACUCUCUUCAGUCUUUUGGAAUGACUCCGAUUACCAUUUUGUUAGGAUUAAUAAUAGAGAUACACAGUAACCUCAGCUGAGCUUUUAAAAUGUGACUUUGUCAGAGUAUUUGAUUCGUUGUUGUUGUGGCUUCCUUUUUUCCUUAUGAGGGCCCAGCUCCUGCUCAAAGCAUUGCACUCCUGCUGACUGAAGUGAGAUCUAAAUGCUUGUAGUCUUUUGUACUUCAAGGAUGAAAAUCAGAGAUACUUGCCUGGUCAGUAGCCUUGAAGAGAGGCUAUUCAAGCACUUUGUGCUUUGCAGCACAGUAAACAUGCAAUAGUAUAUUCUUUUUUAAAAAUCCCCCUUAAUUAUACCCCAGCCAAGAUAGGAGAAGCUGAGCUUUUACCUCAACUGCACAUCUGUGACUCAUGCAAGUAAACAAAAUUUACUUAAAUGGUAUAGGUUGUGUCAUGAGCUAAUUCUUAGAUACUUCUGUGUCUUGGAUGUGAGCUUUUGCCAAAAACUGUUGUCUUGCCUUCUUUCAAGAAUGUGGUGUGUCAUAUUGAUGCCAUUGGGUUGUCUGAUUGCUUUAUUUCCAAGUCUGUUGUAAGCCUAUUUUUCAUGUGAUAUUUUAAUCAAGCUACAAGAAUGUUUCCACAAAAGAAUAUGACUCUCUACAUUUUUGUUAGGUCUGUUCUAGACUUAUGAAACUGUUUUGAUGAAGUUCUGUGGUUCCUAGGAACAUACACAACAUGUGUCUGCUAGCUAGUGUACUUUAGUGGUUAAGACCCUGAGUUUUAAACUAGGAAGUCCCAGGUUCAAACCUCUUCUUGCCAAGAGAUGACUGAAUGGCCUUAGGCAAGCCACCAUCUUUGUCUUAGUCUUCCAUCAGCAAUACAGGAAAGAUGAUAAUACUGACCUACCUUACAGGGUUGUUGUAAUUAUUAUUAAGAUAAUGUACGUGAAGUGCUUUGAACACUCCAGUAUUACAGUUUUCCAUGAAAUGUGCCAGUUUAGCAUACACUGAACAGCAGAGGAAGGCAUAAUCACAGAUUUAGGAAUGUCUGGGAAUAGUUGACUUGAGCACCAUGACACCCGGAUGCAAGCGGCUGGGCAGAUGACAGAUUGUUUCCUCCCUACAACCAACAAUAAGCCAACCCCGAUUUGCCCAGCCAUUUGUAUUUGGAUAUUACAGCGAAUAGGAGCUAAGAUAGAAAUAGUCAGUUGUGCUCUAAGGAAGGUGGGCAAAGCAGGUGAGUACAGCAAUAAACUGUAUUUUCUACCAGUCAUAGACUGAUCUUUGUCAUGAUGUCUGAAAACCUGGAGGGAAGAAAUCCGUUUGUUCUUUAAAAGACUUUAAAGCUACUUUGGUUGUAUGCCUUUGAGUUGUUUUGAUGUGAACAAGCUGUACAGCUGCACAAAACAACACUGGGAGCAGAGCAGAUUACUGGGUCCAGGGCAUCUUAGACUUCACGUAACAAUUCUGGCCCCAACUCCUAAUUCCUAUAGGAGCUUUGGAAACUGGCCAGUAUUUUGGUGCUGUGAGUUCUAAGUGGAUCUGAGCUUCUGCUGCAAUGUUGUUUAGACUUGAAUUGACAUUUCUCUUGCCAAGUCUCAGAGACCUAAUAGAUAUUUCCCGUCUGACUACAUGAUCCUUAGCCUCUUGGUUUGCUAGCCAGUUGAUCAAAUGGAAUUAGUGUGGCUUCCUUUCUUAUGUCUCAGCUUAAAAAGUUGCAAUGACAAAAUGGUUUCUCCCCCUGCAAAUAAACAAACCUACAGUUUAUACUUCAUUUGACAGUUCCUAGAAGGAUUGCAUACUUAGAAAUAAGAAACAUGGACUGCAACAAAGUUCUAAUUGACAGUUGUCCACAGUACUGGUUUAGAAAGGAUUGUGGAGUAGGCUUAGAUCAGGCCCUAACACCUGAACAGAACAGCUCCUACAGGCAGGUUGGUAAGAUGUCUGGAUGGAUGAAUAAAUAGAACAUGAAGAUUAUAUCCAUGCUAAAUGUCUCUAUUUUUCUUGGCUGGGACAAUGACCAGAAACUGCGCACGGCCUCCUUUCCUGCCUUGGUAUUAGUUGUCUUCAUUGAAAAUAACUGGUUUGGCUGCACUCUGAAUGUAUUUUUGUUAACUAUUUACAGAUGUACUAAAGAAUUGUUUUUAAGGAUAAAAAAUGAAGAUUUUUCAGACUGAGUUUUUCUGCAAUUGUAGCUCAGGAAAGGGAAAGUUUUAGCUUAUGAAAGUGUGGGACUUUUAGGAAGUUUAUUGUUGUAUGUAAAUAAAAUGUACUUCGAGCAUAGCUUGGCUGAAUGAAAUAUAUUUCCUCAAAUGAAAUCAUUUUAGUCAAUAAGUAUAGAGUAUUCUCAACAAGUUAAGCAUGCAGGACAUGAGCCUGUGUGUAUAUCUGACCUAGUCCUUGGCUGACAUGAAAGUUAGAUCCUGCCUGAUUAUCAUAACCUGCAUUUGUUGUACAAAACUUUCAACUCUUUCACUUCCCCAUUUUGAUCUAUGGCAAUUUGGCAAAAUCGUGGCGCAUUAAGAAAUCCCUAGACAGUUCAAAUGCUAUGAGUGACUGAUACUUUAAUGUAAGUGCAGUUUAACUGCAGACUCAAAUAGUCAUACUGGUUUGUCAUUGAGUAUUUAAAAUCUAAGAACCACAAAGUCUUUUUGAAGAGGGUAAACAUAGUUUUUUAAUUGCUAAUCACUUCAAUGGUGACUGGAUAAUCUUUGGUGCUAAAGUUACAAGUUAGAAGGAGGGUCUUCUGAAUCUCCUCCCAGCAGGUGUUAAUCCAUGAAUCGCUUGUAGGCCAGGCAGGUAUACAAGGCUGUAUGUAAAACAAAGGUGCAGCAGGCUUUUCAUUCAGUCACCCCUUUUCUCUGAAGGAUCAAACAAUUUGUGCUUUACUUGAACGAUGGUGUAUGGCUGUUUGCUAAGGUUUGAAUAUACUACUCUGAAUGUUUUUAAGCCUUAACAGUAGCCAGCAGAGGAAGAUGAUUGCCAGCAGGUUCAAUAGCUUCUGCUUGCAGAUUUUUUUCUUUAGUAACUGGAUUAUAACAAUACAAUAAUCUAUAAUGUUCUUCCUUUUUCAUUUGGUCUGCUUCAUGGUUGCCCUUGCUGUACCUGUCCUUGUAGAAUCUGCAAGUCUGUUCCUGAGACAUUCCACAAACUUCCAUUAAAUAUUUCCAGAUUUACUUGCUAUAAAACUUUUUUUUCUAAAGAGCUAGAGAUUUUUGUUAACCUUGCUGCUAUAUUUGAAAACCUAAUUGGGUCAUGUUAACUGUGCCUUUCAUCAAUGUUCUUUGUGCCACAGCUGCCCAUGUAAUAUUUGAAAUAAAUAUUUUAAAAAACUGCA